GAGCAGAUUCUGACGGACUCGUCACGCUCGGAUGAAUCAUCGGAGCAGGACUUCACUGAGGAGCACUUGCACUCACCGAAUGCCGGUGUAAUUCUCCGUUCGUGGCUCGCCAAGGCGCGUGUCGCGGUAGCGAGCAAACCAGCGCCUCUCCCACGAGUAUCGGAUAAGUGGUUGACUCAUCAACAGCGGGCUGUAUAUUCGGAUAGCGAGAGUUCUCCAGCCUCUUCGCAACGUGAAAGGAUACCUGCCAGCGUUGUUGAGUAUGGUGGAGAUGAUGACUUGAUCCAUGGAGUCACUGAUGCCUAAUGAAUGAGCUACUAAAUUUC